AUGGCAGGAGACACCUCAACACCACCACCACCACCGCCCACCACAUCAUCCACCACAUCAUCCACCGCAAAAUCCGCCCUCGGCCACGACCCAAUCUACUACACCUGGUCCACCGCCUUCACCCUCCUCUCCGCCAAAUACUUCAACACCCCCACUCCCCCGGACCUGGCCCGCAACUACUUCCGCGAACGCGACAUCCUGCGCGAGGAGAAAGACUGCGCCAAAUGCACCGCCGACGUGAAAUACCUCCUCGCCUACUCCCCCAUCAUCCGCUUCAUGAAACAUAACAUCGACCUCCUCGGUCCCGCCGACGGCUCCGCCUCGAUAAACGAGACCAACGUCCGCUGUAAACGCUGCGAGGGCGGGCAAUCGGGCGGGUGGGACGCGGAGUACGGGAUCCUGUUGUGUGCGAAUGAGUUUCGGAAUCAGGGACACCUGGAGGACACGCUCGCGCAUGAGAUGGUGCACGCGUAUGAUCAUUUGCGGUUUAAGGUGGACGGGGUCAAUGAUCUGAGGCAUGCGGCGUGCAUGGAGAUUCGCGCGAGCACGUUGAGUGGCGAGUGUCGGUGGGCGCGGGAGUUCUUCACGCGCGGCCAGUGGAAUUUGACGCAGCAGUUGCAGGAGUGUGUGCGGCGCCGGGCGACGUUGAGUGUGAGUAAACGGCCCGGGUGUGUGGAUGAUGUGCAGGCGGCGAGGGUGGUGAAUGAGGUUUGGGAUAAGUGUUUUACGGAUACGAGGCCGUUUGAUGAGAUAUAUCGAUGA